CUCUUCUACCCACUCUGCAAUAGUCCGUCUCCUCUCAUGGUGGAGCGGGUGCCGCCCUGCACACCGCCCUCGCCGGAGCCUCAGCCAGCCCCCAGUGCUCUCCUUGACACUGUCCCCGUGCCGGCCGAUCCUAAUCCCGGUCCCGAUCCCGAUCCCAAUCCCUCGCGUCGCCUUGGCACCUACGUCGUCCGAGUGCCCAAGGACCAAGUCUACCGCGUUCCUCCGCCCGAGAACGCCAAACUAGCGGAGCGGUACCGCAACCAAAACAGGAGCCGGCGGCGGGGGAGCCCCUGCCUUUCCUGCCUGAAAUGCAUCCUCGGUGACGCCUUCCUCGUCUUAUUACUCAUCGUGGCUGUCACCGUCAUAUUCUUCGUCGUGGUAAGGCCUGGGGCUCCGACGUUCACAGUCCAGCGUCUCUUCGUCAAAAGCCCCCGCAGCACCACGGGAGCGCACCCGAAGCCGGAGUAUGAUCUCACGAUGAGCGUCAGGAAUCCAAGUCGCGGGAUGGGUUUCUCCUACGAGGCCGGAGGGAGGGCGGUCAUCAACCACGGCACCGUGGAAAUCGCGGCGGGAACGACGCCGGUGUUCGUCCAACGCCACGGCAACACGACCUCCAUUCGGCUGGUUCUUCGUGGCUCCAAUGCCUUGCUGCCGAAAGAGAUCGGCAGGAAUCCAAGUCGCGGGAUGGGUUUCUCCUACGAGGCCGGAGGGAGGGCGGUCAUCAACCACGGCACCGUGGAAAUCGCGGCGGGAACGACGCCGGUGUUCGUCCAACGCCACGGCAACACGACCUCCAUUCGGCUGGUUCUUCGUGGCUCCAAUGCCUUGCUGCCGAAAGAGAUCGGCAGGAGCAUGAAGGGCUCGAAGAACGCCGUUGACAUUAGUCUUAUGGCUAAGCUCACGGUGAGCCCGAGGGUUGGGGUAUUGGAGAUGUGGGCUAAGAGCAUGGACGUAACUUGCGAUGUUCAAGUCAUUGGAAUGGUGAAGCAGGCACAGAUCUCCUCACAGCACUGCAACACAAAGCUUUAACUGUGAAUAAGGUUUUUGGUUCUUCGAAUUGGUGUUUUUCUUCUUCUUCCUCCCUCUCAUUU